ACUUGUUACGAUAACGUCGUCGAGCCUCCCCCGAGGGGGCACGUGUUCACUACUGGUCGGUCAACGAUGCGUCAAGUGCUGCAUCCGACACGGCGCGUCGUUACUGCUUAGUUAAUCGGCUGAUUAAUGGAAUGGGUUUUGCUGGUGGUGUUGUGAUUGUGAUUGUAAAUUACGCGGUUUUAUAGUCGAAACAUCGCCUAGUACAAGGAUACCUACAAGCGUUCCACGUGAGAAGGCAUCACGACGAUGUGUGAGAUGUGAGACGUUGAAGUGAGGAUGAGGAUGCAGCGGAGGCAGCAGAGCUUGUUUUUAAUUAGUAAACGGUGUUUAUCAUUUCAGGGUGAAGACUGUGAAGAUGGUGAAGAAAACCUACUGGUUUAUGGACUUUUGCAGUGUGUUAAUGAGAAAAAACAACGACGUCACCAGUCUGUCCCGGCUUUUCUUCAAGUGCACUCCGAAGCAAUAACCCUGUUGAAUUGGCCCAAUAAAAGCUACUAAACUGUGAUUAUACGACCAUAUCGGUUGGUCCCGACAAGUACAAGUGGUCUCCGGCUCGUCGAUUCGACAAUAUUGCCAUAUUCCCGCCGGGUCGAGGACGCCGCCCCCGUGUGGCAACAGAACCGGCGAACGUGGUGUGGCCACCGCGACGACGACAACGACGCCAAUAUCGACAAGGACGUCCCUGUGGAAAGUGCACUUGGAUAUCCCACAUACACAACAAAAAAAAGCUAGUUUUAGUGAUUUGGAAAGGGUUGCAAAAACGGCAAGGACGUCGCUGAGGACACACGAUGAAUGCCAGCAGCUUUUGGGGGACGUUCGAUUUGCUGCUUGGCAGGGAGGCGCAGAAGCACGGUGGCCAGGAUGCGCUCAAGGUCGGCACCUGGAUGUCGGCGUACGCCGGGGUCCGGAAGCUGGGACCGGGCAACGGUGACGACAGUGGCGGUGGAGGCAUCGGCACCGGUUUUGGCGCAACAGGCGCCGCCGGCAGCGAUGGUUUCCCCAGCAGUGCUGGUGGAGGUGGUUCGCUGAAUUUCCCAUCGAUUUUCCAGCAGAAUCAGCUGAUCGGAACAGACCAAAACAACGACCCGGGUGGGGCAACUGGCGGUGGCGGCGAUGGCAAAGGAAGGGGGCGCAAAAAGCUUCGGCUGCUCAAACCGAAGCUGAAGCAACUGUACGACGUGGAAGUGCUGCCAGUCGAGUACCUCGGGCCAAACAUUGAGUAUACUGUGAACCUCCCACGUGUCACCGCCCAGUUGGAGAAGCUGAUGGGGACCAACGUGGUCCGGCUGACGGACCGGAAGUACAUGCAGGAGCUGCAGCGCCGCAUCCAGCAGGAUUACAAUGUCACCCUGGAGAAGCGAAUCAGCGAACGUGAGCAUGAAGAGCUCGAGCGGCAAAAGUACCUGAUUCUGCACGGCAAGUACGGCGCGCACAACUGUCCCCGGAAUCUGCUCCAGCUGCACAGCGUCGUUCUGGCGAAAGAGAUUGAACGCGAGCGUAACCUCAUCCUGUCCGGUGCCGGCGAUUCCGUCCCCGACGAGCUGAGCAGUUCGGUUUUCAGCGUGAACAAGAAAACCAACCAGCAUAUCUGUAACAAGCGGGAGAAGCUUAAAACCAUCCGCGAGAAGAAUGCCGAACGGUUGAUCAAGCAGGGACUCCGCUGGGAGCGGGAACGACUCCAGAUGGAAGAGUUUAACCGUCAGCAGGAGAUUGAGCGUCGUUCGCGUCGUGAAUCGCUGCUGGAGAAGGAAAAGCUGUACAUGAUCGAGGAUAACGAGCGUGCGCUGAACCUGCUCCGGAUGAAGACCAAAAAGGGACCGUGCCGGGACAUGGACCUGCGCUCGCUGCUGAUGCAACAACGCGUCGAGCUCGGCGAGAAGAUUCAGCAGCGUGACUUUGAGCUCAACAACUCUGACAAGCGCAUGGACUCGGACCGUAGCAAGGAGAAGAAGAAACGCCACCACAAGAAACAUGCCCCGAAGAAGGACGUGGACAUUGACGUGCAGGUGUCCUCCCCGGAGGAGGGUUACAUCUCGAUGAACCAACCGGACGAUUCGCCCAGUGAGCUGGAGUCUUCGGUUAUGAUCCGCAUCGACAAGGACGGCAAGGGAGAAUCCGGAGACGAUUCGGACCAGCUGGAUGAGCCGAGUACGGCGGAUGCUAGUGAAGCCGCCGGAGGAUCGGAGAACGACGACGGGGAUGCGUCGGAAGCGGCAGAAGCGGAAGCGUUGAAGGAGGAGAUGAACAAGGCGCUGGAGAAGAAGAAGGUCAAGGCACGCAAUGAGGAUCCGAAGAUUACGCGGUUGAAGGAGGCGGAUACUGUCAACGAAAUUUACAACAUUGCGGACGAGAUCAUUGUAUUGGAGAAAAAGAAAACCAAGAAAGGUUUUGGAAAGUAGAUAAAUUAAAUGUGGUUUGACACAGGUAGAACCGUACUUUCUGUGCCGAUGAGAGGUGCAGUUUAAAUUGAUUGUGAUACCAAAUUUGAACAUGAAUAGUAUGAAUGUAUUAAAUGAUGGGUUAAUAAAUGUUGAUAGUUAUUUAA